AUGGCGAUCGAGGCCACCUGCGGCGUGCCAUCGUGCCGGCAGGGCGGGAUGGAAUUUUGUGUCUCCCAUCGACUGGGUCGGGACCACGGCAGCGUGCCGCGAACAGAGUCAAUACCAGAGUCUGUCAGCGACCGCUGGACCACCUCAUUGCCAAGCGCCUCUGGAAAGCAGCAAGGACACCUUUUUGGAAGACAAAAUGGCGAAUCUGCAUUGCCGCAAAUAGCCUCUGUGUGGCCACCCAAUCCACCUCUGUUUGCGAAUCGAGAAGUGCUCGAGGAACAAGUAGGGCAGGAUGCUAACUCAAAGGACGAUUCCAGCUUUUCUUUCAUGCAAGUGCCACGACACAAAGGACACGUUGCAUUGAGUCUUCUGUCGCCUUUCAUCGACAUUGAUGAAGAAAAAUUCUUUGGCAACUACAUGGGGCAGAUGCUCAGUGGCGAGGUGUCCCCUGAGGAGUGCAUUUUGAGGUGGAUGGAGUACUGUUGGCAGCAGGCGGCGGCGAUUAGGCAUCAGGCAUUGGAGCAAAGGCCUGAAGACAGCAUUUGCGAUGGCCUGUCACAAUUUGCAGACUUUUGGGACCUGGAGGGUGCUACAUGGUCAUUGGUGUGGCAUCUGUACCGGAGUGGCCCCACACCUCUCCACCUCAUUCCAGCACAGUUUCGUAAGUUGAGCACCAGCCAGCAGCUGGCACAUUGGGUCACUGAUCACGAAGACCUCAAAAGGUGUGCAAAGGUAGUGGCCUGGCUGGAAGACCUGCAGCGGUCAGCUAUGGUGUCGGGCAACAGGGUGCUGACUGAGUCCCAAGCUGUGAAUAGAAUCAAGGAAGGCUGUGCUGUGUGGAGGGAGUCUGCCACAUGGGUGAACACACAAGCAUCAGAUCAUCUUGUGACCAAUCUUGACCCUGAUGCACCUACAAGGCAGCAAAAGCUGCUUGCCCCUGGGGAUGCAAAAUGGCAGGACCAAUUGAACAUGGCAGUGUGGAUGCUCAUUCGUGCAGGUCGGAUGGAAAAGGCACAAGAGUUGUGUGCAAAAGCUGGCCAGCCUUGGAGGGCAGCCUCAUUGUCAGGCUGUGGCCCACUUGGGCCACUCCCUUUAGGGCACACAGUCACUUCAGAUGUUCAAGAUGAUUUCGAUCUGCACUUGGUUGAAGAGUUCCACCAAGAUCAGAUAGGAGCAGAAGUGGACUUGGGUGUGGACAGGGAAUGGUUACAACGGAACCUGUUUCGUUGGGCAUGUGCUCAGAUUGCAUCACAGACAAAGAGCUCUCCAGCAGCAAGAGGUGUGAGCUUCGAAAGCGCUGUUUAUGGGGUUCUGUGUGGCGACGUCGAUGCCAUGCUGCCUGCCUGCCAAACAUGGGAAGAUGCUGUGUGGGCCCAUUGCAGAGCAUGGCUUGAGUUGACUUCAGAAACCACCAUUCUUCAGCACAAAGAGAACAGCCUCAGUAGCAACAGCAACAGCAACACGCAAGCAGUCUCAUCUCCAAGGUCUGACAGCUACGCGAACCUUGACCGGCUUCGAAAACUGGAGGUUCCUGAUGGACUCCUGGCACAGUUUCUACCAAAAAGCAAAGUGAUUGCAGGAGGGGAUGCAUCCAUUAGCGAUGCCUUCAAGGAGGGAUUGGAAGUUUGUUCUGGGAAGUGGCCUUUGCAGAGACUGACAGCCAGCCUGCCUGAGAAUUUCACUGGGAUCUUCACCACCUUGGAGGGAGACCCUGAUGCCAACAUUCGCCAGGAGUGCCAAAAGCACUUUAGGGUUGUGCAGCGCCUCCUGAUAUGUGACCAAAUGCCAGAAUUGCUUGAGAGCCUGUCGGAGUGGCACCCAGGAGCACCGGACCCAGAAGAGGACACGGGCCCGUGGACUCUGCCGAAUGCCAUAAACCGCAGCCUGGCAAGGUUCUCUGCCCAUUUCAUCAUUAUAAUGCAGGCGCUUGGAAAGCUGAGUCCAGACAACAGCCCGGCCAAUUGUGUUCAACGGCUGCUUGACAUAUACAUUGGCACACUCAUCAGCCGGGGGGCCUAUGAAUUUGUUGCCCCCUGCUGCUGUCAUGUGCCCCGCCACGUGAGAGAAUGGGCUUUCCGAGCAGUCUUCCGCUGCCUGGAGGAAGAUGACGAUGCCUCACGGCGAGAAUUUUACCAGGGCGCUGAUAAAGAUUUCACGGCAUGGAGACAAGAACUGGAAAGUCAGUGGCCAGUCAGCACUGACAUCGAUGAGUUUGAGCUGCAUCGACUGGCCAUGACCUGCGCCCUUGAUGCUCGGAGUGACCCAGGAACGCAGCCACACACGCGGCUGAAGUCAACCGAAUGGCUGUUUAUUGCCUUUCAGUCUGGGUUCCAAGGAAACUACGAUCCAGAUGCAGCAAGGAAGCUGGUUGAACACUACACAAGCUCCAUGGAGUUUGUGCUGAAGCUCAUUCGGGAGUUUGUAACAUUCUUCUUUGCAAACGUUGCUUGCAAUCGCUACAUGUUGGACCUUGCAAGGAGGUUGGCCUCACUUGUGCCUAAACGUCUGAAGACUGUCGUUGUGGAGGAAGAGGGAGUGGGAGGUCGGGGUGCAUCUUUAGUUGAGGAGCUGGACUCAUGGAUUGUCUACCUGGAGAUAGAGUCCGAAUGUGAUGCACUGCUGCAAUCCAUUGCGAACAGGAAUAUCAAGGUUCUUGAUGGUAGGAUCCACGGAUUCCCAGAUCAGGCAGGGAGGCAGCUGAUGCUGGAGAAAUGCCAGAGUGCCCUCAGCAGAAUUGAGGAAGAAUUGAUGCACAGCCACUGGAUGUUGCGAUUUGUCACCAAGGCCAUGAACGGGGACAUGGCCAGCAACUGGGACCUGACUUUCCAGCUUGGUGACUUGGCGGUCUCCAAGCACAGCGCCGACAUGUGGGGAUACAAGCCAGUCACUCCAGACAACGCGCACUUGAUCAUGUCCAACCUCCAAGAGCGGCUGUCGGCCGCAAGGGAAGAUUAUGACGUAGAGGGGACCAUUCGAGAAGAUGAUGUGUAUCCUGGCAUCAUCGAAGUCUGCCUCACAGGGGAGGACGUCAGCUCUGUGGCGCUGGUUGCCGAUGACCUCAUCAACACCCCUGGUGCAGGCGUUCCGCCUUGUGCAGUCAUCACCAUCAACCUGAGGGACGGCAAGACACCGUAUUGCAUGGAACUCUGCCGGCGAGUGUGCCUGUCGCGGAUGGUUGGUUUCGUCAUGCAGCUGAGGGAGUACCUCGCGAUGUCCGGCGCCGACAUGCAGGCCAAGGAAUCUGGUGCGCAGCUGCUUGAAGGCUUUGCGGACGAGGAUUCGGACACUGGGAGGGUCAUGAGCGCUGCCCUGUGUAGAUUCGUCGUUGAGACAGAGGCGCGGGUGGUCGUGGCGAGCAAGUGUGAGCCGGUGUUCCUUUCCUGA